AUGGGGACGGCAUGGUGGCUCUUGUUCACCGCCGUAAUGAGCUGGGAAGGGGCAACGCAGGGGAACUAUACGCCUCUGAUCUUGAUCCUCACGCUGGUGGUCUCGUCGCUUUUGGUCACCAUCAUCGCACUCUCUCUUCCACGGCUUCGCGUCCGACAUCACGACACAUGGGAACUCACGCAUAGAUUCAUGGGCUGGCUCUCCGUCGCGCUGUUCUGGGCGCAGGUCUUGCUGCUUACUCACUACAAGACCAUAUCGCACAUACCCGAGCGAGGUUUCGGGUACCUACUCAUCAAGGCGCCGACGUUCUGGAACCUCGUUGCUAUUACCUUGCUCUUGAUAUAUCCCUGGGUUCUUCUUCGUCGUUGGACAUUUAUCGCCACACCGCUCUCACCUCACGCUGUCCAGCUAAGCUUUUCAAAUGAGGUACACAAAUACUCUUGCCUCGCCCUGUCCUCGUCUCCACUGCGAGAGUGGCACCCUUUCGCCACCUUCCCCAACGUCGAGGUAAACGGGGCAAGGGAGGGUAGCAGCAUGGUUGUGAGCGCUGCCGGAGAUUGGACGAAAGGACUCAUCGCCGCCGUCCAAAGACAAUGUCAGUCGCAGCGACCAAUAGGGGAUGGUAGGAAAGAGGGCAGUGUCCAAAUGAGCUUCUACGUGAAAUCUCACCCCCGCGCUGGGGUGCUCUCACUUUCUUGUCUCUACAGACGCGUGGUCAUCAUCACGACAGGCUCCGGCAUUGGGCCCUCUCUUUCCUCACUUCUCGAUCGCCCUGCAGGCCAGGAUGCGCGCCUAGUCUGGUCCACGCGCUCACCUCUCGCAACGUACGGCGCGGGCAUCAUGAACCUGGUUGACCGGGCUGAUCCAAGCGCGAUCGUGCUCGACACGGAUGAGAUGGGGCGACCGGAUCUGUUAGCGGUCGCGUGGAGGGUGUAUCGGGAGAUGGAUGCGGAGGCAGUGUUUGUGUUGUCGAACGAGAAGGUCACAAGGAUGGUGGUAGGGGGGUUAGAGAGGAGAGGGGUCCCAGCGUAUGGACCGAUUUGGGAUUCGUAG